CAAGAGGAGGCUGCCAUGACACAGUGGAUGCUGAACGGAAUCAAUUCCACAGCAUCAGCAGGCAGGAGAACUCCAUCCUCCUCGUUAUCCCUACCUCUUUCUCUUUUUUCUCCUCCUUUGCCUCUCCUCCUCUCACCAGCACCCCUGCUCUCUAUUUUCUCUCCCUUCUCUUCUCCCUGGGACAGUCACGCGGGCCUGCUUGGGCAAUCUGCAGCAGAGGACGUACACACACACGGCAGCAGGAAUAGCAGCAGCAGCAGCAGCAGCAGCAGCAGGCGGACUGCUUUUUCAUCCAUUUCUCCCUGCCUCACAUCUUCUACCUCACCACUUUCAUCUUUUCUGUCCUCCUCUAUCUUGUUUUCCUGUUGUUCCUUUUCCUCUAUCUCAAAUCCCCUCUUCCUCCUCCCUCUCCAAUCCCGUCUCCAUCUCUUCUUCACGCCUCUUCUCCUUCUAGCUGGUUACCCAUGAUGCCUUGUUCCAGGCCGCUACGGUAGGCCCUAGCAGCAUGGGCGCAACCUGGGUGGGGAGAGAGAGCACGGAUUGGACCCUUCCCUUCAGGGCGGGCGCGCUGGCGGGUCACCCUUCUUCAGCUUCCGAUGGGCGAGGACGCUGAGAGCCCCAAAAUCAACCACACCUUCCUGCGAGACUACGUCACCGAAGCUGAUGUCAUCUCUACGGUGGAGUUUAACCAGACAGGGGACCUGCUGGCCACGGGGGAUAAAGGUGGCCGAGUGGUCAUCUUUCAGAGAGAGACUGAGUCUAAAGGGGAGUCGGAGGAGGUGGGGGAAACAGGGGACUCUGGCGAGUACAAUGUCUACAGCACAUUCCAGAGCCACGAGCCGGACUUUGACUACCUGAAGAGUCUAGAGAUUGAAGAGAAAAUUAACAAGAUCAGAUGGCUGCCACAGCAGAAUGCAGCACAUUUCCUCCUCUCCACCAAUGAUAAGACCAUUAAACUGUGGAAGGUGAGUGAAAGAGACAAGAGACCAGAGGGAUACAAUCUGAAAGAUGAGGAGGGACGGCUCAAGGACAUCUCUACCAUUACCUCUCUGCAGGUGCCGGUGUUGAAACCAACAGAUCUGAUGGUGGAGGUUCGUCCCAGAAGAGUGUUUUCCAACGGACAUACCUACCAUGUUAACUCCAUCUCAGUCAACAGUGACGGUGAGACCUACCUGUCUGCCGAUGACCUCCGCAUCAAUAUGUGGCACCUGGGCAUCACAGACCGCAGCUUCAACAUUGUGGACAUCAAACCAGCCAACAUGGAGGAUCUGACAGAGGUGAUCACAGCAGCAGAGUUCCACCCUCACCACUGCCACUUGUUUGUGUACAGCAGCAGUAAGGGAACCCUGCGCCUCUGUGACAUGAGAGCCUCCGCACUCUGUGACAGACACACCAAACUGUUUGAGGAACCUGAAGAUCCAGGGAGCCGGUCCUUUUUCUCAGAGAUCAUUUCCUCUGUGUCGGAUGUGAAGUUCAGCCACAGUGGACGUUACCUGCUGACCAGGGACUACCUCACCGCCAAGGUGUGGGACCUAAACAUGGACAAGGGCCCUGUGGAGACGUACCAGGUCCAUGAAUACCUGAGGAGCAAGCUGUGUUCCCUCUAUGAAAACGACUGCAUCUUUGACAAGUUUGAGUGUGUUUGGAACAGCUCAGACAGCGUGAUCAUGACAGGCGCAUACAACAGCUUCUUCCGGAUGUUUGACAGGGAGACGGGGCGAGGCGUAACCCUAGAGGCUUGGCGCGAAAGCAGCAAGCCUCGGGCUGUGCUGCGAACCCGGCGUGUGUAUAACGGCGGAAAGCGUCGCCGUGGAGAUGUGGGUGUUGAUAGCCUGGACUUUACCAAGAAAAUCCUGCACAUGGCUUGGCACCCGUCUGAGAAUAUCAUUGCCAUAGCAGCCACCAACAACCUGUACAUCUUCCAGGAUCGUGUCAACCCUGAGGCGCAGGUACAGUGACAGAGAUGGCAAUAUGGACAGUGGCAGACGCAACGAAAAACAGCGACCCAAAUGUAUUUGGAUGUCUUAGAGACAUCUAAUGAGAAGAUUAGGUGAAAACCAAGCACUAUCACAACGUACUGAUAAGCAACAUCUCUUUGUGUUGAUAAAAGAUGAGAUUAAUGAAAAAAUCACAAGACUGUCCAUUUGUUUGAUCCCAUAGGAAGGUGUAUAAUCAUUUUUUCCAAAAAAAGGCAAACUGACAUCUCCAGUACCCAUCAGGACAUGUUUUUGUCCUGCUACUCCCACUUUUUGAAGAUAUAUCUUUGGCUCCAAUGUAGGGGCAGUAAAAGAGGUGCGGGGACACCUCUCUAUCUGCAAUGACUCAGUGCUGUUGACCACACAAUGUUGUACUCCUCGUGCUCUGGUAGCCUACCUUUUGACACAAUAUGGAAGAUUGGCGAUGUGUAGCAAGAGACAGUAAAUGAUGCUACAAAACCAUCUUGAGAUGACGGAUGAAGCAUAUUUUUCACUACUGUGGAACAUUAAGAGUGGUGUUAUCUUAUUGUACAGCUUUUCACAACAACAUUCUCAUUUUUUCUUCAUGGGUUGACAGCAGCUGCUGAACCUCUCCUUCAGAGCAGUGCUCUUGGAGAGUUCACUCGUAAAUGCUCCAUCAUCUUUGUUCUAUUCACUUUGCAAUAAUAGCACUAACAAAAACACAGUGCUGCAGUAUUCCUACUUUAAAACAUGAGCUAUUCUUCUACAGGUAUACACUCUUUUUACUGUUAGCUGUAAAUAUUCGGUGUUCUUUUUUUUCUAAGGCGAUUCCAAUUUUGGUUCUAGAAAAGAUGCGUUUUUUUGUCCAGUACACUGCAGAUGAACUUGGCAUCUUAUGGAUAGAAAGAUUGUGGAAUCACUCUAUUUCAGUUAAAGACUCGAUGUAGGGGCUUUUUCUUGCAGCAGCACAUACAUAGAUAUUGCUGGUUGUGAAGAGGGAAUGGGUAAAAUGUGCACAAAUCAACACUCAAAGUUUUUACGUGGCUAUUAGGCCUGGAUUGGGUUUUGAUGAUGUUAUUUUCUUGACUAAAGUCUUCGUGGUAAUAUACUGAAAAUGAGAGCUACAGUGGGUUAAUGUUGAGCUUUCUACAUAUGCUCAAAUUGAGGCUAAUUGGUGAUUAAAUCUAAUUUAAACAAGUUUAAUUCAUGUUAAGUGUUAUGCUAACUGACUUAAAAUGAGCAGCAUUCACUUUAUAAUGUAUAAGCACAUUUUAAAGAAGUGUCUUACAAUCAAGAAAAGAUGGAAUCUACGCACAUUGUUUACAAAUUAGUCCCCCAGUUUAAGUAUAAACAAUGUGUUGAUGAGUGAGUUUGUGUCCAGUGUAUUUGAAAGUCAAAGGUUAUCAUCAGUCCAAUAGCUCAUUAUGUACAUUGCUGAAAUGUCUUUAACAUUCAACCAAUAAUGUCAUGUGAAUUUAUUAUAUCACAGGUUUAUAAUGUCAUUAUACCGUAUACCUCACAGUGCCACAUGCUACUCUGCAGUGAAAAGCCUAGGAUAUACAGCAGUAAGGUGAUGUAUGUGUUGGACUGAAUUCUGUAACUUGGUCAAGAUUUGAUUGUUUACAGUGAAGUGCUUUGAUUUCAAGUGACCUUGGCCCUGAUGGGAUCAUUGUAAGUGGUCUGGAUGUGUACUGUACCAGGUGGAGUAACAGAAUCAGGGCAGAGGUGGAGGUUGCACUUUUUCAAAAGCGGUACGAGUACUCCGUCUGAUGGUUCAACAACAAUUUCACUGUGUAGACCUUCAACAACAAGUACAAUUAGACGGUUGUUAAUAUACAGUAUAUGUUCCACUUGUAUAGAUAUUUAUGUUACAGCCUGUGGACUAGCUACUAUGUCUUGGUCUUCAGUGUCCGCCGUUGUUGUUGAAUGCAGACACAAUCGUGCGCUGAUUGGUUUAACGAACAAAUUCCACAAUGACAACCCACAACAAAAUGGUUUACAUCCUGGCAAGCCAGCUGAAGCAUUAUAUAAAUUACAGGGCUCAUUUCUCCAAUGGUGAGCUGCAACUUAGGGCAGGUCAGUUGUUAUCACAUCAACACCACCACCAUGUGCAGACACUGAGAGGAUUUGUGUUCAGGAGCACAGCAGCAGCAUGUUGCCAUUACUCAAUGCUACUAGCGUGUAUAUCUAUCAUACUUUAAAAAAAAAGAAGCAUAAAUCUAACUAUACAAAAAACACAACUUAAAUGAGGUGAAUGAAAGGAAUGUGCAUUAAUAAAAUAAGAUAACAUCUGACAAAUAUAUGUGUUGGAUCAUU